AAGUGGCCCGGUUGAAGUCCUCAACCAUAUCGAAAAUGACAAUUGCAGUGAUUCGUCCGUUGCAUUUCACCGUAAACAGUAGUAAGAUGCACCACUCCAAAGCAACGUUUCGCGAGUUCCUAGUUGCUGGCACAGCUUCUUUGUCGGCGGUCGUCAUGGGCGUCGCACUGGGUUGGCCCUCGCCAAUGUUCCAAAAGCUUACAGAGUACGACCUCUCGGAUAACCCGAUCGGUAAGGUCAUCGUCGAGAGUGAACAAUCCUGGAUCAACUCUGUGCUGGCAAUCGGAGGCUUCUUUGGACCGUUUGCGGCAGGAUAUCUUGCCGAUCGCAGCGGUAGGAAGAUCACGUUACUGCUGAGCGCGCUUGUACACGCUGCCGGGUGGAUUAUGCUGCUGACGGCCGAUUCAGUCCAGAUGAUGAUUGCUGCCCGGUUUGUUCUGGGCUUCGGAAGUGGUUGCAUUCUAGUUACAUUACCCAUGUACGUUGGAGAAAUUGCCAGCGAUAAGUACCGUGGAAUAUUGGGAUCAUUUCUGCAGAUUGGUCAAACGAUAGGCAUCCUUUACGUUUACUGCAUAGGACCGUACGUGGGAUACUACGCUUUCCAGUGGAUCUGCUGCGCCGUUCCCAUUCUUUUCAUGGUAGUUUUUGGAUACAUGCCGGAAACGCCACACUAUUUCGUGUCCAAAGGACUUUAUCAGCAAGCGACACUAUCGUUGAUGUACCUUCGUGACGGUUCGGCAGAAGAAAUUCAGUCCGACCUUCUGGCAGUGAAGCAGUUCCUGCAGCAAGAGGAUCAAGAACAGAACUCCAAUGCCUUGAGGAAUCUGUUUACUAAAGCGGCCAACCUGAAAGCGUUGAUGAUCAGUUUCUGUCUGAUAUCGCUGCAACAGUGGAGUGGAAUUGAUUGCAUUCUCUCGAACAGCGAGCUUAUCUUUGAUGAGGCGAAAAUAUCGUUAUCGGCCGAUGUGUCCACCAUUAUCAUGGGCGUGAUUCAAGUGGUUUGCUGUUGUGUGACCUUGCUGUUUGUAGACCGUGUCGGACGCAAGCCGGUGCUGAUGAGUUCCGCGUUGGGUCUUACGGUGGCCUUGGUGCUGCUCGGAUCUUACUUCAUGAUGCAGCAGACGGGUGUCGGUGCGCAAUACAUUAGCUGGAUUCCAUUGACGGGCAUGAUUGGAUUCAUUGCAAUCUAUAACUUUGGAUUCGGACCGGUGCCGUGGGCGAUAGCCGCGGAGAUAUUCGCCCACGACGUUAAAGCCAUCGGGAAUACGAUCAAUGUGUCGGUUUCGUGGAUUCUCGAUUUUUUAGCUUUGAGAUUUUUUCUGUUGAUUAGCGAAUCGUUCGGAUUUGAGUGGGCGUUUUGGAUCUUUGCCAUCAUCUGUGCGGUAGCAUUUUUCUUUACCUUGUUUUUCGUGAUAGAAACGAAGGGGCUCAGCCUACAGGAAAUUCAAGAGAAAUUGGGAAGAAAACCGAUCCAAGAAGAGCAGUGCCGGAAUGAAUCUAAGGUGUGUUAACCUAAAUCAAUUUCGUUAUUUAUGUUGAGUUUUAAGAAAUUUGUGAUAUGAAAUAAAAUUUAAAUCUAAAGGAUUCUAUUCAGUAGCUUUUUAUUAAAGUACUUUUCAUUCGGCUUUCGAUAAACGCAGUCGGCCACUUGCGAACGCUGUGCUUUUCGACA